CGACGCGAUGGCCGCUCUCAGGUUCAGGUUCCUCUCUGCUUUCUGAAAGAGAAAGGCAUAUCGAGGUUGAUCGGCGUUGAUCGGAGUCGAUCGACUCUCGCCGUCCGACGUUCGACACCCGACGGACCGUCCGGUUAAAGCUUCGGUGAGCUGCCGUGGCUGCCCGCUGCCGUGUGUGCGAGAAUGCGACGCCAGCAAGGUGGAUCGCGACCUCCUGUCUCCGUCUCGCGCUUUGUCUCGCACCUCGCACAAUGAAAGUACGCGACGCGGAGUGAGUAGGGAACGCGGCGGCGGUGGCGGUCGCGCGAGGCAGAAGAGGCGAAAGAGAGAGAGAGCGAACGUAUACGGGGAAGGGCGCCGGACAGCUCCUCCGAUGCCGAAGCUUCCCGACGAGAGGCCGACGUGAUAAAGAGAAAGAGAGAGAGAGAGAGAGAGAGAGAGAAAAGAGAGACGGCGGUGGUGGUGCGCGUGUCGGUAUCGGUGUCGCCGUCGGUGUGGGUGUCAGUGUCCCUCGGUGCGCGGGUGCUACGUCACCGUGCUACGUCCGGUGCUGCACGAUGAACGGGUUAAGCCUGAGUGAACUGUGUUGCCUGUUCUGCUGUCCGCCCUGCCCGUCCAGAAUCGCCGACAAGCUGGCCUUCCUGCCGCCCGAGCCCACGUACACGUUCGUCGAGGACGAGGGCUCCAAGUUCACCAUCUCCCUGUCGGAGCGCGCCGAGUGGCAGUACACCGAGCGCGAGAAGGAAUCGGUGGAGGGCUUCUACGCGCGGACGUCGCGCGGCAAUCGCAUAGCAUGCUUGUUCGUACGGUGCUCGGCGACCGCGCGCUUCACCAUCCUCUUCUCCCACGGCAACGCCGUCGACCUCGGCCAGAUGUCGAGCUUCUACCUCGGCCUGGGCUCGCGGAUCAAUUGCAAUAUAUUCAGCUACGACUACUCGGGCUACGGGGUGUCCGGCGGCAAGCCGUCCGAGAAGAAUCUCUACGCGGACAUCGACGCCGCGUGGCACGCGCUACGCACCCGCUACGGCAUCAGUCCGGAGAACAUAAUACUGUACGGGCAGAGCAUCGGCACCGUGCCCACGGUCGAUCUCGCCGCGCGGUACGAGGUCGGCGCGGUGGUGCUACACUCGCCCCUCAUGUCCGGGAUGCGCGUCGCCUUCCCGAAGACGAAGAGGACCUGGUUCUUCGACGCUUUCACCAGUAUAGAUAAAGUUCCAAAAGUAACAUCUCCUGUUCUGGUCAUUCACGGCACCGAAGAUGAAGUUAUAAAUUUUAGCCAUGGUCUAGCAAUUUAUGAAAGAUGUCCACGAGCGGUGGAACCGUUAUGGGUUGAGGGUGCUGGGCAUAAUGAUGUAGAAUUAUAUAAUCAAUACCUUGAACGACUGAAACAAUUCGUAAGCGUGGAAUUGGUGAACUGACGGCGACUCAGCCUCUCCCAGAGUCAGGGAGGACAGGGAGGGGGCCAUAUGCAUGCGAACAGUCAAGGACGUACCGUUUCCAACAAUUCUAAUACAGUCAGUCCUAUUGUCAGUUCCAUUUCGACAAGCUCACCAACGGAGAAGCUUGUCUAGCAGUCGCCUC